GCGAGCGCACGCGGAUCCGCCGCCCCCAGCCGCUGCGGAGCUCAGCCCGUCCUCGGAGCCCUCGCCGCCCCUCUGGCGCCGACAGCAUGCUGACCCCGGGAAGAGCCAAGGUUCCGAGCUCCGAGUGAAGCGGCAGCAUGGCGGGGGGUCGCAGGGGACUUGUGGCCCCUCAGAACACUUUCCUGGAGAACAUCGUCCGGAGGUCGAACGUUUGGACACUGUCACAUAGGCAGACAGACACCAACUUCGUCCUGGGGAACGCUCAGAUCGUGGACUGGCCCAUCGUCUACAGCAACGAUGGUUUCUGCAAGCUGUCGGGGUACCACCGGGCCGAGGUGAUGCAGAAGAGCAGCACCUGCAGCUUCAUGUACGGCGAGCUGACGGACAAGGAGACCACGGAGAAGGUCCGGCUCACCUUCGAGAACUACGAGAUGAACUCCUUCGAAAUACUCAUGUACAAGAAGAACAGAACGCCGGUCUGGUUUUUCGUGAAAAUCGCUCCCAUCCGAAACGAGCAGGAGAAGGUGGUCCUGUUCCUCUGCACGUUCAGCGACAUCACGGCCUUCAAGCAGCCCAUCGAAGACGACUCGUCCAAAGGCUGGGGGAAGUUCGCCCGUCUGACCAGAGCACUGACCAGCAGCAGAGGAGUUCUACAGCAGCUGCAGCCGACCGUUCACAAAGGAGAGAACGUCCACAAGCACUCGCGCCUAGCUGAGGUCCUGCAGCUGGGCUCAGACAUCCUACCUCAGUACAAGCAGGAGACCCCAAAGACCCCACCCCACAUCAUCCUGCACUACUGCCUCUUCAAGACCACGUGGGACUGGGUCAUCCUCAUCCUCACCUUCUACACGGCCAUCAUGGUCCCCUACAACGUCUCCUUCAAGACCAAGCAGAACAACGUGACGUGGCUGGUGGUGGACAGCAUCGUGGACGUCAUCUUCCUGGUGGACAUCGUUCUCAACUUCCACACCACCUUCGUGGGCCCGGCGGGCGAGGUCAUCUCCGACCCCAAGCUGAUCCGGAUGAACUACCUGAAGACCUGGUUUGUCAUCGACCUGCUGUCCUGCCUGCCCUAUGAUGUCAUCAACGCCUUCGAAAACGUGGACGAGAACUGGAACCACCGAGCUGUAACUCAAGGCAUCAGCAGCCUCUUCAGCUCCCUGAAGGUGGUCCGACUCCUGCGUCUGGGCCGGGUGGCUCGGAAACUGGAUCACUACAUUGAGUACGGAGCGGCGGUGCUGGUGCUGCUGGUCUGUGUGUUCGGCCUGGCCGCCCACUGGCUGGCCUGCAUCUGGUACAGCAUCGGCGACUACGAGGUCAUCGACGAAGAGACCAACAUUGUGCGGCGGGACAGCUGGCUGUACCAGCUGGCUGUGACGGUGGGGACGCCGUACCGCUUCAACGCCAGCGGCUCAGGGAAGUGGGAGGGCGGCCCCAACAAGGACUCGGUCUACAUCACCUCGCUGUACUUCACCAUGACCAGUCUGACCAGCAUCGGCUUCGGCAACAUCGCUCCCACCACCGACGGCGAGAAGAUCUUCGCUGUGGCCAUGAUGAUGAUCGGAUCGCUGCUGUACGCCACCAUCUUCGGUAACGUCACCACCAUCUUCCAGCAGAUGUACGCCAACACCAACCGCUACCACGAGAUGCUCAACAGCGUCCGCGACUUCCUCAAGCUCUACCAGGUGCCCAAAGGCCUGAGCGAGCGGGUCAUGGACUACAUCGCCUCCACUUGGUCCAUGUCACGAGGGAUCGACACCGAGAAGGUUCUGCAGAUUUGCCCAAAAGACAUGAGGGCGGACAUCUGCGUCCAUCUGAACCGGAAGGUCUUCAAGGAGCACCCGGCGUUCCGCCUGGCCAGCGACGGAUGCCUGCGGGCGCUGGCCAUGGAGUUCCAGACCAUCCACUGUGCUCCCGGAGACCUGAUCUACCACGCCGGCGAGAGCGUGGACAGCCUCUGCUUCGUGGUGUCGGGGUCACUGGAGGUCAUCCAGGACGACGAGGUGGUGGCCAUUCUAGGAAAGGGCGACGUGUUCGGGGACGUCUUCUGGAAGGAGGUGACGCUGGCUCAGGCCUGCGCCAACGUGCGCGCGCUCACCUACUGCGACCUGCACGUCAUCAAGCGCGACGCUCUGCAGAAGGUGCUGGAGUUCUACACGGCCUUCUCCAACCACUUCUCCAGGAACCUGCUGCUCACGUACAACCUGCGCAAGAGGAUGGUCUUCAGGAAGAUCAGCGACGUGAAGCGAGAGGAAGAGGAGCGACAGAGGCGCAAGAACGAGGCCCCUCUCAACCUGCCCCCGGACCACCCGGUGCGUAAGCUCUUCCAGCGCUUCCGGCAGCAGAGGGAGGCCCGCACAGCCACCGACAAGCCGGAGGUGGUGGAGCACGACGUGGAGAAGGGUCCGGUCUACGUGGAGAUCCCCAAAACGGCCAUCACCACCACCAGUAUCGUCACGGUCACCGAGAGCCCGGCGACGCCGUCGUCCUCCACGCCGUCGUCGGCCACCACGCCCACCCACGGCCCCGCCGACAUGGCCAAGCUGCAGGUGCCGUCUCCCGUCACCCUCAACGUGGGUCGGCCCGCGGAGCCCGUCAAGGUCAAAGGCUGGGGUCGCUUCAAAGAGUCCAUGGCCAAGGCAGACAACUGGAACAAGGUGUCCAAGGCCGAGUCCAUGGAGACACUGCCCGAACGAACCAAAACGCACGAGUCCCAGAUGUCCUUGAAGAAGACAGACUCGUGCGACAGCGGCAUCACCAAGAGUGACCUGCGGCUGGACAAGGUCAGCGACUUCCGCCUGACCCCUCAGGACCGCAGUCCCGUCCAGCCCCCCGAGAGCCGCCACCCGUUCUACCCCAUCCCCGAGCAAACCCUCCAGGCCUCGCUGCAGGAGCUGAAGCACGAGCUGAAGGACGACCUCAGGAACCUCAACCUGCGCAUGUCGGGGCUGGAGGCGCAGCUGAGCGAGGCGCUGCAGCUCCUCAAGGCCAAGUCUGCGGCGGCUUCUCCGCAGCACAUCUUUGACAUCUCCCAGCCGGCCUCUCCAGAACUGGACAAGGAAGACAUCUUCUCUUGAGCCGGGCGCCGCGCUGGAGCAUCUGUUUACCCAGCUGGGAUCCGGCACCGCUGGUUUACGAGGACAGCUGAAGGUCUUCCAGGCGUUUGGAUGAGGCCACAGCGGCGUCACUGAGACCCAGCAGCCUUCGUCCACCCGGGCGAUCCUGUUGGAGGCACCGCCACGCAGCGAGGCAAAGGUUGUAGCUCAGAUUCUGGCGCUUCCGUCCGCAGCAGUCUCGGCUGUCGGCUUGUACAUACGUCUCCGGUGCACGACGGCGGAGAACGGCCGGCCUGGUUCCGGGGAGUUGUUCUUCUGUCCGAGGGUUGUAAUAGAAGCCGCAUGGUUUGUUCCUGAAUCACCGUAUACGAUUCUUUGCAUGUCACGUUCAAUAGUCAGCGACUUGCAGUCGGAGCUUCUUUGAUUCGUCGAGGUGACUUUCUGUGUGAUUAGCGUCUCCCCCUGGUGGUGGCGGCGGUGCACGACUUGUCUAAAUGGUUGAAGUAGUUCUCACUCAAGAGUCUCUCGGGUCCGCUUUGUUCGAUCCGCCACGUCACCCAGGACUUCAUCAGAAUCUGGUUCCAUAAAUUCAGGCACACCUUUGUGGUCUUCACAACAGAGAGACCACCGCUGACUCCCACCACGGAGUCCUGUGGGCAUCCAGCUCAGACUCACCAGCACCAGUUGAUGCUCUAAUACUGCAUGAAGCACUUCUCUGAGACCAGGAGCAGGAGCACUGAGCCGUGUCAGCUGCCACACAUUCAAACACUUGCUUCAAUAGUUCAGGAAACUCUAGUCCAGGUUGGAGGAAUGAAGACGUUAGCAUCGACGUUUCACCCACAGUUUAAUGGAGUUGAUCCCAGACGUCGGCAAACAGUCGGUCUCUUCCCAAAAGCUCAUUUUGUAGCAGCUCGAGUUAGUAGCUGCUCCUCUCCACAGAGAGGACGAGUGUGUCUGGCGGCCUGGACAAGGUCUGUCACAGCGCGUGAAGAGACACCAAAGUUGGACUGGUCUUCUGGCUCCUCCCACUCUCAGGGGACGAAUCACGGCCGGGCCACUUGUUUGAGGCUGAUGUGACGCAGAACAGUGUGGACACUGACAGAGGUUUGACACCUGCUUCACAGAGGAGCAGUGCAGCUGUGUGGGAAGCUUUGAGUGGAGUCUCUACCUGAAAAUAUGGAGGAGCCGCAGGCCGUCGAGAUCGUGAUCUGAUUCUCCUCCCAUUCAUUUUCAGUGGGAAACAUUUGGGACACGAGUCAUGGGUCACAGGUCAGAGGAGAGUGGAAGCCGUUCCCGACCCGGCCGCACCUUUUGGCAGGACUUAAACAAAAUGGCGGCGCAGGAGAACAAUCGUUGUGACUGAAUCGUCUGUGGAACCAGAUUCUUCGGUAAAUCUCCCUGAAUGUGGCGUGAGGCACGCAGGGCCUUGGCGCCGGUCUGCUUCCUGGUUUCCUGUUGUUGGAGCGCAGCACUGAGCGUCGUAUUUUUAUCCAGAUUUAUUUUUGUGAAGGCACCAGCGCCCCCGUCUCCCGUCGCCUCCUCUCGCAUGCCUCCCUGGACCGUGUCCACAGCAAAAUCCAAAUAUUGUUCCAGCCCUCUUCUCUGGCACCUUGGUGACGCACACAAUCACUUUGAGCUGGAGCCGUUCUUCCAGCAGACGAGGGUUCCCCGAAGAGGCGCCGCGGUGGAAAGGAGCUCCUCGCUGAAUGUGACAUCGCAGCCUCUCACUCCCAUCAACACCUUCUCUCCUCAUGAGCCCUGCGCCUCUGCAGCGGCUGCUGAAGUGAAGCCCAGCGUCCAACAUCCAGGAGGCUCAUCAGAAAUAUGCAAGGAAGACAAGAGAUAUUGUAUUUUAAUAAGGAGUUUUACUACAGCAGAAUGUUAAUAACUGACCUUUCCAUCCACCAAAUUGAUAAAUAAAAGUUGUAUGUCAACAGCACGUGUGGUGGACGUUUGAUCGAUGGAACACUAUACGGGACGGACGUAAACAAACAUGGCCGACCUCCAGAUCCAUCUCUGAGCCUCAACAUCUCGACCCUGUGGAACAGAUCAGCAGCUACGGUUUGAAUGAGCCGCUCUCAGACUCCGCCCCCGUGAGGCGCUCCAGAACAAAACAACACUGGAAACUACUCACCAAACAUCAUCAUUAUUUCAUCAUCAGCUUUUAUGACGCAUGAACAUUUAUUUAUUUAUAAUUUCCUGAAAUCAUUGCAGCCCGGAGCUUUUUUUAGGCUAAAAUUAAAAAUGUAUUAUUAUUUUUAAAAGCUCAUUUGCAAAGAUCCUUAUUUCCUGUCAUAAAUGAUUGUGACUGUCCCGCAGUUUCUUUAAAAGUCUGCAGCAAAAUCAGUGCGGGAUUGUUUCCAUGUAGUGUACAUUUUCCUGUUUUUCACGUUGUAAAAAAAAUAAAAAAAUAGCAUGGGUGAGCAUUAGCAGCUUAGCGGGACCUAAAAAAGACCCGUCUUCAGAUUCCUCGUCAUAUACAGCAAAUCGUAUCCAUAAACCUGGUGUGUGCUAAGGCAAGACUCCAGCGAGCAGCUAGCUCUGCGCGUGAACAUUAGCCAGCGUGCGUUACGACGUUCCACUUCUCAACAGACUCAUUCACAGUCAACGUGAAAGACAAAACGUCCAACUGAAUCUCAUCCUG